GAAUCUACACACACACCAGUGCAGCUGUUACACUGACUGUAUCAGACAGCACUAAAGCUGUGGUGUCCAUAAAGCCUGAUAAGCAGGUGUUUAAAGGAGAGACGGUCACUCUGAGAUGUGACAUGCAGGCAGGAGGAGACACUGAGUGGACUUACAGCUGGUAUAAAGAUGACCGUCUGUCCUCAAACAGAAGAACACAGGAGUUCACAGUCAGCUCUGUUACAGAGUCUAACGGUGGUAAAUACACCUGCAGAGGACACAGAACACAUGACUUUCAGAGCUCAGAGAUCAGUGAUGCUGUUACCCUGACUGUGUCUGAUGUAGCUCAGGCAGUAUUGAGUGUGUCUCCACAGAGCUGGCUGACUGAAGGAGAGUCAGUGACUCUAAGCUGUGAGGUUACAGGCUCCUCUACAGGCUGGACAUUCAGCUGGUACAGAGCUGCUCUCUACAGACAAGGCUUAGAACAAAUAAGAGACGUUCAUGGCAAUGUUCUGUAUCAUGUAGAGCUCCUGUCAGACAGCAGAAGAGAAGCUGGAGGCUCCUACACUCUCAGUCCUGCUGCUCUCAAUCACACAGGAGUUUAUGUGUGCAGAGCAGAGAGAGGAGAACCAGCCUAUCAGACACAGUACAGCACUGCGCAGACACUGUGGAUCACUGGUUCAUCUCCUCCAGCCUCUCUGAUCAUCAGUCCCAGCAGAACUCAACACUUCAGUGCUGGCUCUCUCUCACUGAGCUGUGAGGGACAGAGUGACUCUACUGGAUGGAGAGUGAGGCGAUACACACACAGUGGGGAGGUGUCAGAUUGUUCAUCACUUACAGGAUCUACAUGCAGCAUCAUCUCCCUCCACACAUCCCUCACUGGAGUUUACUGGUGUCAGUCUGAGUCUGGAGGAGGAAGUGAUCCUCUCAACAUCACAGUACACAAUGGUGAUGUGAUCCUGGACAUUCCUGUCCAUCCUGUGUCUGAGGGAGAUUCUCUGACUCUCCGCUGUUUAUUUCGCUCCACAAAGCCCUCAAACCUCACAGCUGAUUUCUAUAAAGAUGGAUCACUGCUCCAGACCCAGACGACAGGAGAGAUGAUCAUCCGUACUGUCUCAAAGUCAGAUGAAGGUCUCUACCACUGUAAACACCCAGAGAGAGGAGAGUCACCACAGAGCUGGCUCUCAGUCAGAGCUUCAGGUUCUGGUGUAACAGCAGUAGUAAUAGUCGGAGUGUCAGUGGGACUGAGUCUAAUCUUGCUCCUCAUCAUCGUACUGGGCCUGAUUUGCUGUUACAAGAAGAGCAAAGGUGAUUCUGCAGCUCAGCCCAGUGAUGACACUUACGCUGAGAUUAUGACUACAAACAGCUACAGAGGAAGCGAUGAAGCAGUGAGGAGACCAAAUGAUGUGGCUUAUUCCCAAAUUGAAAUGAAACAUUUCAACUACCACAGUGAAGGUCUGUGAAGAAAACUGCUGCUGCUGCUGUCGCAGGACAGAAAGUAAGCAUUUCCAGAAACUCCUGGUUGGGUUUUAAUGAGUGCAGACAGACGAGGAUCUGAACACAUUUAGACUGUCAGAAUCAUCUUUAAUAUCUGUAUAUCUUUCAGUAACAAAUGCUCUGUUAGUGUUUUAUACUGAUGAAGUGAGAAGAGUCACUUUUUCUCGUUGGUGUAUUAAUGUACUUUUCUAACUCUGACUCUGAGUUGAGGAAUAAUCAGAUAUUCUGAACUCGGCUUUGAUGAUAAUAUCUGGGUGUAUUAGCUAGUAAAAUGAGUUAGUUAGCCAGUAGAGUGUAAUCUGAAACUGUACCCUCAAUAUCUGUACCAUAUAUAUCUAUCAAUAUACCAUCUGUCUCUGCUGAGGAACUUUUAUUUGCUGUACAGUUUCCUCUCAUCUGUUUUUGCACUGCUUAUAGCUCAGUUAUUUUAUUUUAUUAGAUUGUUAUUUUGCAGGACGUGCUACACUGCAGUCUUCUUAAAUGGAGUUUAAUACUCUCUGUUAUGAGUAAUAAUACACUGUACACCUACAGACAGUAUUUAUCAUAGCAAUAUUAAAUGUAAUAUUAAGACAUGCUAGCACAAUGUCAGACAUAAUAAUGUAAGACAGUCACACAAAGAGUUUUGAUGCUUAAUGUACUUGAAUUUUUUUCAUUUUAGAUAUUUUAUUUUGUCCUUAUGUCUAACCAAACUAAAUCAUAUUCAUAUAUAUAAUGAUGAAAUACAGUGUGGUCAUUUGUUCUGAUCUUCUCAUUCUUAGUGUUU